AUGCUAGAACGCAUUUUGAAAAAUAAAGAUUCGCUGUGCCUCUAUGCUUCCACCGGCAACAAAAUUUCACAACUAACUUCAGAAGAAUGGAUACUUGUGGAAAAAUUGAUUACAUUGCUACAACCUUUUGAAGAAAUAACUCGAGAACUAAGUGCAGCCAAUGUUUCCAUAUCAUCUGUGAUUCCGUUAUUGACCAGUCUGGAAAAGGUGAUUGAUGAAUAUAAUGCAUCUGACGAGUGCAUUAGGAACACUAUACUUGUUUUAAAACAAGAAAUGAGACACAGAUUUUCUCACUUAGAAAAAGACAUAUUAUUUGCUACAGCAACGUUUAUUGAUCCUAGAUACAAAACGAAAUUCUUCAAAAACCCUUCAACAAAAGAUCAAGUCAUGAAAAAUAUUUUAGAUUUACUUGGAGAUGAGGACUUAAGUUUGCCGUCAUGUUCAAAGCCAAAGCGUCCUAAAAUAAGGAAUCAGGAUAAUGAAAACUUGAGCUCCAGUACUAGUCUUUUAGAAAAAUCUGUGACAUUAAAAGAAACUAUGAAAAUGAUGAUGGACUCAAGUGAAAGCGAGGAAGAACUAGAUAAUGAUAUUCCAAAUCCAUUAGAAGUAUUAAUAAAAAAAUAUUAA